GGCGCCGGGGUAGACUGUGAGCGAGAGCGCCCCAGAGAAGCGCCUGCAAUCUCUGCGCCUCCUCCGGCUGCACCUCGAGAGGACACCCGCCGCCUCGGCCCUCGCCUCUCCGCACUCCGAGCGCGUUCGAUCCAGCUGCUCGCCGGCUCGCUGCCUUCCGUGUCGCCGCGCUCGUCUGGGUUCCUCCUGCGCGCCACAAUGAGCUCCAGCACCGUCAGGACGCUCGCUGUCGCCCUCACCCUUCUCCACUUGAUCAGGCUGGCUCUCUCCACCUGCCCCGCCGCCUGCCACUGCCCUCUGGAGGCGCCCAAGUGCGCCCCGGGAGUCGGGUUGGUCCGGGACGGCUGCGGCUGCUGUAAGGUCUGCGCUAAGCAACUCAACGAGGACUGCAGCAAAACUCAGCCCUGCGACCACACCAAGGGGCUGGAAUGCAAUUUCGGAGCCAGCUCCACCGCUCUGAAAGGGAUCUGCAGAGCUCAGUCAGAAGGCAGACCCUGUGAAUAUAACUCCCGAAUCUACCAGAACGGGGAAAGCUUCCAGCCCAACUGUAAACAUCAGUGCACAUGUAUUGAUGGCGCCGUGGGCUGCAUUCCUCUGUGUCCCCAAGAACUGUCUCUCCCCAACCUGGGCUGUCCCAACCCCCGGCUGGUGAAAGUCAGCGGGCAGUGCUGUGAGGAAUGGGUCUGCGACGAAGACAGCAUUAAGGACUCGCUGGACGACCAGGAUGACCUCCUUGAAUUCGAUGCCUCGGAGGUGGAGUUAACGAGAAACAAUGAGUUAAUCGCAGUUGGAAAGGGCAGCUCGCUGAAGCGGCUUCCUGUCUUUGGCACGGAACCGCGAGUUCUUUUCAACCCUCUGCAUGCCCAUGGCCAGAAAUGCAUCGUUCAAACCACGUCCUGGUCCCAGUGCUCCAAGAGCUGCGGAACUGGCAUCUCCACACGAGUUACCAAUGACAACCCAGAGUGCCGCCUGGUGAAAGAGACCCGGAUCUGUGAAGUGCGUCCUUGUGGACAAUCAGUGUACAGCAGCCUGAAAAAGGGCAAGAAAUGCAGCAAGACCAAGAAAUCGCCAGAGCCAGUCAGAUUUACUUAUGCAGGGUGCUCCAGUGUGAAGAAAUACCGGCCCAAAUACUGCGGUUCCUGCGUGGACGGCCGGUGCUGCACACCUCUGCAGACCAGAACUGUGAAGAUGCGGUUCCGAUGCGAAGAUGGAGAGAUGUUUUCCAAGAAUGUCAUGAUGAUUCAGUCCUGCAAGUGUAACUACAACUGUCCACAUCCUAACGAGGCAUCCUUUCGCCUGUACAGCCUGUUCAACGACAUCCACAAGUUCAGGGACUAAAUGCCUCCCAGGUUCCUAGAGUGGGUUGGACAGAGGUGAAGCUAGCAUCAUGGAGACAUGGGUGGGCGGUAGGCGAAUGGUGCCUUGCUCAUUAUUGAGUAGCAUUAAGGUAUUUCAAAACUGCCAAGGGGCUGAUGUGGAUGGACAACAAUGCAGCCGCAGUUGAAGAAUUCUUCGCUUCAUAGUAUUGGAGCACACAUUAUUGCUCCAUAUUGGAGUGUGUUUAUGGAUGACGUUCUGUUUUCUGUUUGUAAAUUAUUUACUAAGUGUAUUUUUUUGCUCCAGAUCUUUUUUUUCCCUCUUGGUUCUACAGUUGUAAUAGAGAUACCAUAAGAUUAGUUGGGCCAGGUGAAAGCCCUGCUUGUCCUUUGACAGAAGUAAAUGAAAGGGCCUCUCAUUCCUUCCCGAGUGGAGGGUGGACACUCUGUGAGUGUCCUUGAGGCAGCUACCUGCACUCUAAACUGCAAACAGAAACCAGGUGUUUUAAGAUUGAAUGUUUUUAUUUAUCAAAAUGUAGCUUUUGGGGAGGGAGGGGAAAUGUAAUACUGGAAUAAUUUGUAAAUGAUUUUAAUUUUAUAUCAGUGAAGAGAAUUUAUUUAUAAAAUUAAUCAUUUAAUAAAGAAAUAUUUACCUAAUAUCUGAAUGUAUGUUCUUCGGUAUUUUUAGAAACCAUCCAAGUAAUCAGGA